AUGGCUCCAACUUCCCCAUUCAAUCCACCUUCGGCCAACCUUCCAGGCAAGCCUUUUGUGCCGGAAUGGACCCCCCCUCCAGUCACAACGGAAAAACACAAUUUCGCCAAACUACAGUCGAUUGACCUGUCUUUGCUCGACUCAGAUGAUCCAGCCGUUGUUGAUAAUCUGAUUCGACAGGUCAAAGUUGCAAUUCGUGACGAUGGCUUUCUGUUCCUCGAGAAUUACGGAGUUUCACUUGAUCAGCUUCACCGCCAGUUUGCGCUCGCGCAAUACCUAUAUAAAAAUAUGAGUGAUGCCGACAAGGAACGUCUUCUUUUUCAUCCAGACAGCGGUGUUUGGUCCGGGUACAAACACCCAUAUGGGUUCAAGCGCCACCGUGGACCUCCGGAUGGCAUUGAGCAGUUUAAUUGGUACAAACCUGACUGGCAAAGCAUCGAUCGUAUACCGACAUGCUUACAUCCUUUCAUGGAUGAGAUCGAGGCAUUUUGUAACUACCUGACAAAGUCUGUCAAUCGACGACUCUUGACCCUUUUUUCCCGUGUCCUAGAGUUACCUGAUGAUUAUCUAUGGGACAAAGUACAGUCGCAUGGUAGUCCAACCGGUGAAGGCUACUUUCGCCAUGCACUUUUUAGACCUGUGCAGAAAGAAACCGAGGAAGCAUCAAAGGGCCUUCGCAUGCACGGCCACACGGAUUUUGGUCUAACUACCUUGCUCUUUUCGGUUCCUAUAUCCUGUCUCCAGAUUUGGGGCCGCGAUGAAAAGUGGUACUACGUACCUUACAAACCAGGAGCGCUUGUCAUCAACAUUGGUGACACCUUAGAGAUUAUCUCUGGCGGCCACUUCAAGGCCACACGCCAUCGCGUCUUCAAACCCCCUGUAGACCAGUUACGUGAAGAGCGCCUCUCACUGGUGCUAUUCAAUAGCUCCGUUGGCGAUCUGCGUAUGGCGCCUGCGAAAGACUCAUUACUCAUCCAGAGGGAGGGCUGCGUCGAGGAGCAAGGCGUCUACAAGGAGUUCAAGAGACUCACUGACCAAGGAAAACUUGUCCCUACCAAUCGCCAAUGGCGCGAGAUUCAGAUUUCUACAGCCACCGAUCCAACAGAUACUGAACGCAAUAGAGUCGGAGCUGAUCAAGUGCUGAUAGACGGGAAAAUUAUGCAUCAACGAGAGUACAUGGGGGUUAAAGUUAUGCUGCCUGUUUGA